AUCUUACUCAUUGACUCCCCUGCAAGCGAAUUCUCUGAGACAGAAGUGAGGAGCAAAACCUGCAGACCAGCAGAUGAAUGCAAUAAAGUUAUGGUCUUUGAUUGGAAAUAAUCGAAAUCGAUGAAUGCACGUCUUCCAAGAGGAAGAAGAAGAAGAAGAAGAGGAGGAGAACACGGAUUAAGUGCAUCCGGGACUGGGGCAGAUCAGGUCCUCGCUUGCUUUAACUCGAGUUUGACUGUGCACUGCAAGCCCCUUGGUGGGUCUCCGGCACUUCUUCUUUUUCUUCAAAUUUUGCAAUUUCUCUGCUUGUUUCAGAAGUGGCUAUGGACUACGAGCCAUACGACAGCAGCGGGACUGAUGACGAUCUUCCUCCGUCACAUCAAAAUAGAAUUCCCAGAGGUCGUCUUUCUGGGAAUGGGAGAGCUGGGUUUGGAGGAUCUCUAUCUUAUCAGAGAAUGUAUGCUGAGACAGAUAUGGAAACUCAAAUUCACCAACUUGAGAGAGAAGCAUACAGCGCAGUCCUGAGAGCCUUUAAAGCUCAGUCUGAUGCCAUUACUUGGGAGAAGGAAAGUUUGAUCACUGAACUUCGGAAAGAACUGAGGUUAUCCAACGAGGAACAUAGGGAGCUUUUAAGCCAGGUUAAUGCAGAUGAUGUCCUAAGGAGAAUCAGGGAGUGGCGAAAGGCUGCCAAACCUCAACAAGGCAAUCCCAGUACUGGUCAAGGCCAUCAUGAUCCAAUGCCUAGUCCUUCUGUCUCAGUAUCCCGUAAGAAGCAGAAGAUUACGCAGCCGCUUCCAUCGGGUUCAUCUCAGCCCCUUGCUGGGCCACCUUCAUCCUAUCCCCCACAACCCAAGCCUGCACCCCAUCAGCCAUCUUCAUCGGCUGCAAAGCGAGGGCCUAUUGGAGGCACCAAGAGCCGGAAACAUAAUGUUGGUCAAGCGUUGCCUGUUUCUUCUUCCACCAAGUCCGCACCUUAUCCUGCCUCAGGUGCAAGUGGUAGGGGACCAGUUAGCAGGACGUCCUCCGGUGCCCAUCUGAGUGAACCUGCUGAAACAGCAAAUGUUGAUCGAUUGAUUGGACAGAAAGUGCGAACUCGAUGGCCUGAUGACAAUAACUUCUAUGAAGCUGUCAUAUAUGAUUACAACCCAGCUGAGGGGCUGCAUGCUCUAGUGUAUGAUAAAGGCACUCCAAAUGAGACAUGGGAAUGGGUAAAUCUUUCAGAGAUCUCCCACGAGGACAUACAAUGGAUGGGCGAGGACCCUGGAGUCUCUCAUCGGGGGAAUCAUGCCGUUUCAGGUUCUGGGAUGAAUAGACCUAUCAAUCGAGAUAAUGUUUCAGGUGGAGGAAAAGGGAGAGGGGCCGUAAAGAAUCAAUCCAAAAAGGAGCAUCGCCCAAUUCAAAAUGGGUUAGGAAAGAAAGGGCCAGACAUACACAUACGUAACACGGGAACCCUACUAAAGGAGGUGGAGAGGGUCUUCAGCGCUGGUCGUCCUGAUCCUCUUGAGAUGGAAGAAGCAAAGAAAGUAUUAAGGGAGCAUGAACGAGCACUUGUGGAUGCAAUUGCUAGACUAGCAGAUAUCUCAGAUGGUGAACGAGAUAAGCAAGGGGAUCAGUUUCUGCGUGGACGUCCAGUGGAUAGAUAACUGUCGGGUCCGAUGGUUCACAAAGGUUUACUUGUUGCUUGAAGAAGUUGGUGAUAAAAUGACUUGGGGAGAUGAUGGCAACAUUGUAGAUGGUGAAACCAGCUAGUGGCUGUUGAAGGAAGAUUGCAGGUGCAAUGCUGCCAUACUCUGCUCAUACUUACAGAAUAUAAAGAGAGCGUAAUCUUGUAAGAUUGGACAAGUCGUAGGAUGAUUAUAGUGAUGAAUGUUAACUUUGUUUAGAGCAAGAGUUGUAACUUAGAAAGCAAGAGGUUAGUUUAACUCAAUCAGUAAGUGAACUGAGGCAGUGUGGUAUUGUGUCGCCCAAAUUUGGUUAAACGAUGCUGUCUUGGGUUUGUCUUUGGGGCAAGAGAAAUUUUUUUGUU